AUGGUUAGUCGAUGUAGGCGUGAUAGAGGAGGUGUAGGGCAUAGGGGUGGUAGUGGGUCACCGGGUACGGCGCCCUUGAAGAGCAGAGUAGUUUAUGGGUCACCUAGAAUAACGGGGUUUGUAAAGCAUGUUGAUGAUCGUAAUCAGGGGUUGAAUGACCCUGUCAAGUGUAGGGUGGUGGCAGACUUUCUAGCUUCCUCCUCUGUUACUUUCUAUUGUUUGCUUGAGACGAGGGUUCGUCGUGAGAAUUUUGGUAUGGUGAUGAGUAGGUUUGGUGAUGCUUGGAGUUGUAUGUGUAGCUAUAGUGUGCAGGGAGUUGGGAGGAUCUGGGUGAUGUGGCGGAAGAGUGUCUAUGAUUUUUCCAUUGAUAUCAGUGGGGAUCAAUUCAUUUAUGGAACCUUAGUGGAUAUUGUAUCUAAUACUAGGGUACAUAUUGGUGUUAUGUAUGCCUCUAAUCACGUGAGUGAGAGGAGGAACUUGUGGUCUCGGUUGAUUGAUGUGUGUGCCUCAUGGCAGCUUCCUGGAGUUGUUUUGGGGGAUUUUAAUGUUAUUCGUAGUAGCUCGGAGGAUUUUAGUGGUUGCCCUAGCUUAAAAGAGAUGGAGAAGUUUGAUGGGGUGUUAUUGGAGGGGGAUCUGGUUGAGUUGGGUGUGAUAGGUAACUGGUUUACCUGGACUAGUAAACUUCAAGGGAAUGGUAUUUUGUGGCGUUUGGAUCGAUGCUUGUCCAAUGAGAAGUGGAAGGUAGCUUUUCCGUAUUCGGAGGUUAGAGUUGGUCAGUGGGGGAUUUCUGAUCAUAGCCCUCUUCUGGUUUCUACAGGGGAGACAAGGAAUAGGCCGCCUCCUACGUUUUGUUAUUUUACUCAUUGGGCGGAGGCAGAUAGCAUUAUUAAUACUAUCAGGUGUAUAUCUGUGUUAGCUGAUGAGGUGCGGGCAGCUAGGAAGGUUAUGGAGGCUGCUCAGGUUGCGGUAGAAAGGAAUCCUGAUUCAGAGUCGGUGUGUGCGGAGGCGGCUUGGACCACUGAGGUGUUUUGGUCAGUGGCAAGAUUGGAAGAGGCGUCGCUCUGGCAGAAGGCCAAAGUCAGGUGGCUGGAGUUAGGUGAUAUAAACACAGCUUUUUUCCAUCGCUGUUUUCGUUCUCGUCGCAGCUGUAGUGGUUUGUUUACGGUCGUGGAUGCAUGGGGGACUCACCAGACGGUGCAUGAUAUGGUGGCGGUAGAAUUCUUUCGAGGUUGCUUAGGGGCUCAGCAUGUGGGGUAUAGAGAUCUUACUGCCCGAAUUGGGGAUAAUGUGCAGUUUAACUGGCCCGAGGAGGGGGUGGAGACACUUGGUCAGCCAGUGAAUCGGGAGAAGAUUCAGAAGGCUUUAUUCUCGAUGAAGUCUGGGAAGGCUCCUGGGCCUGAUGGGUUUUCGGUGGAUUUUUAUAGAGCUGCUUAG